CCUUUGUGUCUGUUUACAAAGCAUCUUCAUAGUGAUCGUCUUGAGAUCAAACAAGUCACUAGUUUUGAAUUAGUAUCUUCUUAGAUAUUAACCAUGGCGGAUCCUAAUGAGAGUUUGAUGAGAUUUGUUCUUGUAAGCGCUCUAAAUAUGAUCAUCCACGGGCCACAGUUGCCCAAUCUGGAUGGUUUGAAAUCGGCUAGAUCUGAAUACAAGCGAAGACGUUUCAGGCGGUACAGGGAAAAAGUGGAAACCCGCGCCAGGAAUCUCUUGCAGUUCCUGAGACAGUUUGAGCGUUUAACAAUUGGGACGAUGCACAUGAUCGACUGGAUAAUCACUGAUGCCUUUAAGAAGGUUCAGUACAAAGAAAUAAGAGGACGCGAUCGGUCUAUAAAGGGAAAGAACCUCAAAUUUACCGACACGGAAUGGAUAGAAAAAUUUAGCCAGAUGUUCGCAAAAAUGAAAAAUGAUAUUGAUCAAAGAUUUGAUAAAAAAUCAAAAACCAAGAAAAAUGCCAAACUGAAGCUCAAGACAGUUCAAACAAAAGUAAAAGUUCUUGGAACUUUUAUGGAGCUAUCAGGAAGAUUAUUGAAUAUUCCCCAACUGGUCGAUGUUGGCUGCCCUAUGUACGGAUGUAAGUCAACGGCUUCGUUUGCCUACGAAGCUACCAACUUUCCACUGAAAAACGUCAGUAUCUUAUGGGGCGCGGAUUGGAGUUACUGGAUCCAAGAUGGCGUCCAGGGUUGCGUUGGUAACCAGUUUAAUAUAUUGUGUCCCAUCCUCAGACCAAGCUGUGUAGGUUAUCUGAGUCUGAAACCAACCACUGGUGAGAUGAACUGGUUGAAUGGUAUCCUGAGAUAUCCCGUGCUUCCUAUCAUGGACGCCUAUGGUGACUUCAUAGCGAGUGAUGGUGCGGCUCUGGCUGACUUUAAAGCGAAUGGGACUGCAAUUCCGCCAGUGAUUGACCUUGACCCAGAUCUUACACCUAUCUUUAGUUUGAGCAUAGCUGACAGUAACAUUUUCUUGCUAGCUUCUGAGGGUGCAGGGCGCUUGGUAACGUAUUACACAAAUGGCAUCCCCCACGCGAGUGAAUACCUCACCGAUACAGUGAACAACAAGACAGGGUUAUGGGUCCCCAUUGCGCCACCGUCGAUCAACGGCAUACGUGCAUAUAUCAUGACAGGAUUUAGGCCAGAUGGAGCCACAGAUCCAAAGAUGUACCUCCGCCAUCGACUGUAUGCAGUAGACCUGAGAGACGUUGCAGUCAAUAGGAUAGACACCAAAUGGUACUUCGACUUUGAGCCAGGGUUCAUAGAGUCCAAGCCCCAUAAAGUCUCGAACCCCUUUCAGAAAAAUUGGAAGUUAUCGGCAAAGAAAUCAAUAAAGAACAAGCACAAAUCAUAUAAAAUGAAGGACCAUGAUCACAAUAAUUUGUUUAAGGACACAAAUAAGGCCAAUGACGAUGACCAUCCCCGACCCCCGAUGACCAGUGAACUUUUUCAGGUAUUAUCAUACGAUAAGUACGUCAUGGUUAUGAUGCCUCUCGACGCUCCUGAGCCCGGACCCGUUCCCGCUCUCCCCGAAACUCUAUGGAUAUUGGAAGAUUCAGACAACGCUGCUCGUGUGAAACAAGCGUUAGUUCCCCUCCCGAUCAAACAAAUUGCAAUCAAUGAUAACAUCCAAUCAUCCGUGGCUGUGACUCCGCUUGUAUGGGGCGCCACUGGAGAUCAUAGCAUCAUGCAUUUCUUCCAUGGAGUUUUUGGAGUUAAUUUUAUGACUGGAAAAAUAGAACGAUUUUACAACUUAACCCAAACAUUUGGCAGUUCUAUAAACAUCACCUCUAAACUAAUGGUAACUGGUGACCCGGGAAAUGACGUGUUAUACAUGGGGAUACAAGUUCUCAACAAAACGCAAAAGUUCUCACAACUCUGCCAAAAACAUAAUGUUCAAGAUAAAAAUUCGAACUACAUAAUUGCUCUGAAUACUACAGACAUCGAUGUCCAGUUACUUUGGAUGCUACCAAGUUACAAAGACGGUCAAAUUGUUGGACAAAUAGCAGCGACAUCUUUCAAUGACAAUGAAAAUGCAGGAAAAUCUGAUAUAUUGGUGGCUUAUUCUCAAUCGGAGACGUUGGGAUCAAUAUGGGCUGUCAGUGGGGAACAAUCUGAUAAACACAAUAAUUAGACUACUAUGCAUUUGUCUCGUUUAAGCCAAGGGGAGAUUCAGAAUUAUAUUCAAGUUAUAAUAUCACCACAAAAUAUUUGCGAUUGUUUUUGCUCAAAUAAACAAUCAAGAAACCAUGGACAACAGUUUAUAAAGAAAUAAAAAGAAAAAUAACACUACCUCAGAUUUUGGAACUAUUAGAUUUUCAAGAAGGUCAAUUUGAAAUGGACUGGAGUUAACGGACUUUUCAACAGUAUUCUUACCUUGCCCAAGUUCCAAAAUUUCAUUUCACCAAUUACUGUGUUUAAAUCCAUAACUGGGCCAACAUCUGGCUGCUUCAGUGCUAAGGUAAUCAUUGUAUUAUAGUAUUUUGAUGGUGUGUGUUUGGAAUUUUGACCAAACUUACAAUAUAAAUUGAGAUCCCUUAAAAUAA